AUGCAGCAAUCGCAGCGCACUAACAACUCGCGCCGACCACCACCACCAACACCAACAGCAAGCUACCGACCAAUCCAUUCCACCACCCAGGUGGCCAGAAUUCCCCUCUCUGCCACAGUGGAUGGUUACCAGAACGAGGGCUACUUGCCUACUCGCCUCCGCCAACCACCCGCCAAGAAGGAAAAGGAUGUUGGUGCUGGGAAGAGUUCGUGGUUCAAGCGAACUCUUGGGAGAUUGUAAGAAUUACCUAUCUCUAUAUGAGCCCUUCAACACUUACUAAGAUCCACAACAGGCGGUCUCUCGGGACAUUUGGAGUGAAGUCUGAUCCAAAUGUCCCCCCAGCGCCAACUCCUGCUCCUGCGCCUGCUGUCCCCGGCCCGUCUCCUCCUUUUCGCCCCGACCAAGUUCUCCUCCCAAUCCCAGAUUUGGAGCAAGAGGCAGAAGAAAGAGCAGUACCACCAACUCCGCGGAACUCCCUCGCCUCUUUCUCGCUCUCCCGAAUGUCGGUGGAGACACCAAGACCAGAGAAUGAGGAUUUCGCGGUCGCCUCUGACCGGGUAAAGGCACUCCGUGUUCUGGAGGGGGAUGUACCAAGGAGGGUCGUGGAGCAUUGGGAGGCGGACGUUAAGAGGGUGCUAGGGGCGGGUGCUGUUGCGAGGUUUGGAAGAUAG